ACCAACGUUCAUUCCUUGCAGAAUGACUAAACAUCAUCACCUUCCGAAAAACCUUGAAAAUGCUGGCGAGUUUCGACGUUUUGUUUAUGAAUUGAUUGAAUCCAAAAUGUUUGGAGGCGCCAUAUUGUUCAUCAUUUUGCUGAACACUGUAAUAUUGGUGACACAAACUGAUGAAGCAAUAUCAGUCAAAGCAGGUUGGUAUUUCUCUGCGUUAGACAACGUGUUUCUCGCCAUCUACUUCGCAGAGAUUGUUUUAAAACUUUAUGCCUUACAGAGAACUUUCUUCAGCAGCGGUUGGAAUAUUAUGGAUUUCUUUAUCGUUUUAUUCACUACCGUUGAUUUCCUUUUGCCUCUCAUUGUGCAAAACGUAUCUUCCUUCGACGUAGCCGCGAUAUUCAGGCUUUUACGUAUGUUUAGRGCUAUCAGAGCGCUAAGAGCAUUGAGAGUAUUGCGGACAAUAAGACUACUCAAGAACCUUCAAGUCAUUAUGACAACAGUCCUCAAAUCCUUUCGCGCUCUCAGCACUAUUGUUAUGCUACAAAGCCUAUUUUUAUAUAUGUUUGCUGUAAUUGGCCGUGGGUUGUUUUACGAAGUGUCGCCAGACAGAUUUGGAAACCUUGGUAAAGCCUUUUUUACGUUGUUCCAACUGAUAACACUAGAUGACUGGUUCUACAUGUACAGUGAUGUUGUCAAGAAAGACACAGGAUAUGCCUACAUCAUCAUAUAUCUUCUUAUCUACAUUGUGUUAGAAAACUUUAUUUUUAUGAAUUUGUUUGUUGCUGUUCUUGUUGACAAUUUUCAACGAACACUGACGGCUGUUGAGGAGAAGAAAGGACACAAGAAGAGUGGUAUUCACAUUAGAAGUGUGUUUGCAGGAGAGGAAGAAGUUCAGCAAGAAGACACUGGUUCAUUGGGUUCAUUCUCAGAAGAAUCUGAGGAAGAUGAAGAUUUGGAAGAAGAAAUAGGUUGGAAACCCAAACAGAUUGAAGACUUUUAUCCCACAGAUAAGUUUCAUGACAAAAAGAUGCGAGAACUUUUAAACCAGUAUUAUAUACUACUGACCUCACUGGAGUACAAUAUGCAACACGGCCAAAGAUCUCAGAAAACAGUCAAUGACCUCAUCGACAUCACUGUUGCGAUUCCUGAUGUACCAGAAGAGCUUAUUUAGACAUCAUUUGACUACAAAACUUUAUAUUAUUUUGUUCAUAGUUGCGAAUUAAAUGCUUGUUCUAUUAUCUAUCGUCCUUUCCUAACACCACGACCUCCCCUUUUACCUCGCCCCCCACCA